AAACCCUUUCAGGGAGAAAUGAAAGAGAGACGACGAAGGGAAGGAAGAGGAAGAAGAAGGCCGAGCAGCAGCAGCAGUAGAGCGAAUCCACCGUUCCCUUCUUCCUUAAAUUUUACUUCUUUGCGGUCUCGGUCAUCUGGAGAUCGAGAUCUUUAGAGUUAUAAGGUUCCAUUUCUGGAAGAAUUUAGCUUCGGAAGAUUGAGAGUGGCCUCAGAUCUGGACUCUACGUGUUCUAAAUUGGGGUUAAGCGAGGGGUAGAUAGGGCGGAAUAUUGUUCGGAAUUGGGGUCCUCCUGAUCGGUGCCCAUGGCGUGCAUCAAAGGCGCCUCGCGAUCGGCAUCGGCGGCGUUCUCGCCGGUUUCGUCUCACCUGGCAGCGGGGACGAUGGCGGGAGCUGUUGAUCUGUCGUUUAGCUCGUCGGCUAGCUUGGAGAUUUUCAAUUUGGACUUCAAUUCGGAUGAGUGGGAGCUUCCUGUGGUCGGGGAGUGCCCCAGCAGCGAGCGCUUCAAUCGAUUGUCGUGGGGGAAGCCUGGAUCCGGCAGCGAAGAGUACUCUCUGGGGUUGAUCGCAGGAGGGCUUGUCGACGGGAGCAUCAACGUCUGGAACCCACAAAAAUUAAUAGGUUCAACGGAUUCUGAAGGCUCUCUGGUUGCACGCCUCCAGAAGCACACGGGACCAGUACGUGGCUUGGAAUUCAAUGUGAGCUCACCCAACCUUCUUGCUUCUGGUGCGGAGGAUGGAGAACUUUGCAUUUGGGAUGUUUCAAAUCCCGCAGAGCCUUCACACUUUCCUUCUCUUAAGGGUGUUGGAUCUGGUGCACAAGGUGAAAUUUCAUUUCUGUCAUGGAACCAUAAAGUGCAACACAUAUUGGCUUCCACUUCAUAUAAUGGAACUACUGUUGUUUGGGAUCUGAAGAGACAGAAGCCAGUGAUAAGCUUUUCAGAUUCAAUUAGAAGGCGAUGUUCUGUUUUGCAGUGGAAUCCUGAUAUCGCUACUCAGCUGAUUGUUGCUUCUGAUGAUGAUAGAUCUCCAUCCUUGAGGGUUUGGGACAUGAGAAACACAAUAUCACCAAUGAAGGAAUUUGUGGGGCACUCUAAAGGUGUCAUUGCAAUGUCAUGGUGUCCUAAGGAUAGUGCCUUUUUACUUACAUGUGCAAAAGAUAAUCGAACAUUGUGCUGGGACACAGUUACUGGAGAGAUAGUUUGUGAACUGCCUGCAAGCACGAACUGGAACUUUGAUAUUCACUGGUACCCAAAGAUUCCUGGAGUCAUAUCAGCAUCUUCAUUUGAUGGGAAAAUUGGUAUUUACAAUAUUGAGGCUUGCAGCCGUUUAUCAUCUGUGGAAAAUGAUUUUGGUGGUGCAUUAUCAACAUCAGGGGCAUCAGUUCAUUUGAGAGCUCCCAAGUGGUUGAAACGUCCAGUUGGGGUUGGUUUUGGCUUUGGUGGAAAGCUUGCUUCAUUCCGUCCUAGUUCUGGACCAGCAGGUGCUCCUGGAAAUUCAGAGGUUUAUGUACAUAAUUUGGUGACAGAAACUAGUUUAGUGGACCGCUCAACUGAAUUUGAAGCGGCGAUUAGAAAUGGGGAUAAGGCUGCAGUGAGGAACCUUUGCCAGAUUAAGUCUCAAGAGACCCAGUCAGAAGAUGAGAGGGAAACAUGGGGCUUCCUUAAGGUGAUGUUUGACAUUGAAGGUGCAGCCAGGACAGAGCUACGCACGUAUCUGGGUUUUCCUGCUGCUGAAAACAUGAAUGUGAAUGAUGAUCUUAGCCAGGAAAUGGAGAACUCUCUUUCUUUAGAUGAAAAAAUAACUGAUAAAUUAGGGGCGGAUGCUUCUUUCCUGGGGAUACAAGAAACAGACAAUGGAGAAGACUUCUUUAACAAUCUUGAAAGCCCAAAAGCAGCGCCAGCUUCUCUCUCGGAAGAUGUGGUUGUUGAAAAUGCAGCUAUUCCUAAUGGUGAAGAAGUGCAUCAGGAAUCAGAAGGAUUGGGUGGAAGCCCAGGAUCAUCCAUUGAUGAAGUUAUUCAGCAUGCUUUAAUCGUUGGUGACUAUAAGGGUGCUAUCUCUCAUUGCCUCUCUGCAAACAGAAUGGCAGAUGCCCUAGUUAUUGCUCAUUGGGGUGGUAUGUGGGAGAGCACUCGGGAUCAAUACCUGAAAAGAAGUCAUUCCUCUUAUCUAAAGGUUAUAUCUGCUUUAGUGGGAAAUGAUCUCGUGAACCUUGUCAACACCAGGCCUCUGAGUUCCUGGAGGGAAACACUUGCCCUUCUUUGUACGUAUGCACAAGGAGAUGAGUGGACUACUCUGUGUGACAACCUUGCUUCGAGACUAAUGAUAGCAGGAAACACAUUACCUGCUACAUUGUGCUAUAUUUGUGCUGGAAAUAUUGAUAAAACAGUGGACAUUUGGUCAAGAAGUAUAAGAUGUGAUCAUGAUGGAAGGAGCUAUGUCGAUCGUCUUCAGGAUCUGAUGGAAAAGACAAUUGUCCUUGCUUUGGCAACUGAACAUAAGCAAUUCAGUUCCUCCUUGUCAAAGCUGUUGGAGAACUAUGCUGAACUUCUUGCUAGUCAAGGACUUCUAACUACAGCAAUGGAGUAUCUAAAACUGUUGGGAACUGGCAAUUCCUCCCAUGAGCUGGAAAUUCUCCGAGAUCGUAUUGCUUUCUCUGCAGAAGAAAAGGAGGGAUUAAAGGCUUCACAUUUGGAUAGCAUGCAUCCCCAACAAACAUCGGCAUAUGGAUCUGAGCAAUCAGACUUCAACAGGAUUGAUAAUUCUCAGCAGUACUAUCAGGAGCACACACAACAACAAGCACGUGGUUUACCUGGCAGUCCUUAUGGAGAAGGUUAUCAGCAGCCUUUUGCUGCCUCAUAUGGAGCAAAUUAUCAGCCAGUUGAUCCUAGGCAGCAGUUCCAAGAUUAUGUGAACCAGCCAUACCAAACAGCAGCAACACCUUCCCAGAUGUUUGUCCCACAACCGGUUCAGCAAGUUCCACAGCAGUUCACCCCAGCUAUGCCAUCAGCACCCCCGAUCAGACAAUUUUCUCCUACUCCCCCACCUGCACUGAAAAAUGUAGAGCAGUAUCAACAAUCUUCGUUGGCUGCCCAUCUUUAUCCUGGAAAUGCUACUACUCCCUUAUUCCAACCUGCAAUGCCGACUUCCAUUUCUCAUGUAGCAAACACAUCUCAACCAACUCCUUUCUUGCCAAAUAAAAUGCCGAGUCAAAUUGCAUCAGCUCCUAAGGGCUUUAUGCCAGUAACAAGCCCAGGAUUUGUUCAGCAACCUGCCCAGCCAUCAACACCAGCCCAAGUAGCAGAGCCACAAUCAUCUGGUAUUCCCCCACCAUCAGGACAAGGUGCACCACCUACGGUGGAGACAGUUGAUACUUCAAAAGUAUCUGCUGAACUGAGACCAGUCAUUGGGGCACUGACUAAACUCUAUGAAGAUACAUCCAAAGCACUAGGGGCUCCAAAUGCAGUUGCAGCAAGAAAACGUGAGAUUGAUGAUAACUCUAAGAGAAUUGGGGCUUUAUUUGCUAAACUGAACUCUGCAGAUAUCUCACCUAAUGCUGCCUCCAAGCUUGUUCAGUUGUGUCAAGCUUUGGACAAAGGGGAUAUCUCUGGUGCUCUCCAUAUUCAGGUCCUUCUGACGACGAGUGAUUGGGAUGAGUGCAAUUUCUGGCUUUCUUCACUCAAGCGAAUGAUAAAGAUGAAGCAAAAUGUGAGAUGAAGAAAGCAACUUAAGCAUCUGACGGCUUUUCUGUGAUUGCCCAUGCCAAAAAAGAGUUGCAACGGACCUUAUGAUCGUGGACUCAGUCUCAUUUCAUCAUUCAUCUAUGGAAACAAUUUGUCCACAUGGUAGUGCCAAUUUUUCAGUCGUUUCAUUUUGAUGAAACAUUGAGCACAGUGCCCUUCGAUGCUUCUUUUUUCAGUUGGUGGGUGUACAAGCUAGGGCAUUGUUGUGAGUUAUACAAACAAACAAACAGUUUAUGGUUCCAGCAAUUUUUGUGUCCUUUAUUGAUUCCAUUGUUCUACUUUUGGUAAUUUUGGAUGUAAAUUUGUUGAAGAUGUGAAUUUUAGAUUUUAUAUAUACCAUGUUAUCAGCCUUCCCA